AUGGAGGCGUGUGCUAUACACGCUCCUGCCGCCAUGGACGGCGGCGUCCGAGACGAGCGUCGCGAGCGCUUCCGCCCGCGCGAGGAUGCCGCAGCCGCACGCCUGGCCGAGCUCAAGGUGCAGUACGCACAGAAGCGUGAGGAGUAUAUUGCAAGUGGUGUGCUCCCCGAUCCGUCCAAGCCCGGCCUCCUCGAGGACGCCACGAAGCUCGUAGGCACAUGCCCCGACAUGUGCCCUGAGUUCGAGCGCGUCGAGCGCGAAGUGCAGAAGGAGCUCGACAGGCUAGAAUGUUUCCCAGGGACGACGUCUGCAGACCCAGCAGCGGCCGUCAAGAUCUACCGCCGCCCCGCUGCUGGCCGCGAGCUGCCGCUCCCGGAGGAAGUGCGGCCGCCCCCCGUGCUGCAGCGCACGCUCGACUACCUCGUGCAUACGCUGCUCCCCGCCGACCCGCGCGACCCGCACUUUGCUGUCGUGCAGCCGUUCAUGUGGAACCGCACCCGCGCGAUCCGACAGGACUUUAUCGUGCAGAGCGAUCGCGGCGCUAUUGCCAUUGCUUGCCACGAGCGCAUCGCGCGCUACCACAUCCUGUGCCUGCACUGGAAAGGAGGUGUCGGUGCUGAUGCGUGGAGCGAGCAGCAGGAGCUCGAGCAGCUGCGCAAGACCCUUCGGAGCCUGAUUGAGUUCUACGACGACCAGCGCUUGUUGGGCCACACAUACCCCAACGAGCCAGAGUUUCGCGGCUACAACCUGCUCCUGCAUGCACGCGACCCCGAGACGCUGCGCGAGGUCGAGCUGUUGCCGACGAACGUGUUCACCGCGCCGCCCUUGCAGUGGGCGCUCCGUCUGCACACGCUCCUGCAGCGCUCGAACCUGCUGGAGAAGCGGGGGCAGCCUCAGAAUACGGAGGCCACGCCCAACUUCUUCACUCGCUUCUUCAAGGAUCUCGCGCGCCCUGAGGUCAGCUACCUCACGGCAUGCCUCGCCGAGAACUUGUUUGCGAGCGUGCGGAUCGGCGCCGUAAAGACGCUGGGCCGGGCCUACCUGCCGCAGCACAAUGGUUUGCCCCUGCACCAAGUCGUCGCCAUGCUUGGUAUGGAUUCCCACGACGAGGCACGGACGUUCCUCGAGCUCCUGCAUAUUCAGAUCGGCGACGACGACAGCGUCAAGAUCAACAAAAGCUCCGUGCUCGACGAGGACAAGUCGUUUGCCUCGCCUUUUAGUCACGCGCUCGUCGAGGUGAAGCGCGGAGACGCAAGCUGCCAGGCUAUUAUCGAUGGCCUCACUACGACAGAGCGCCCUACACAGUCGCAGCAACCCAGGGCGCUCGCCGUGCCCCAGGCUAGCGCGCCGGCCCCACGCGCACCAACAGCGCCCGCACCGUCUGCUUUUACAAAAGUGCCGACCACCUGGCCCACGGCGCCUACGUCUGCCCCGACGCUCGCUCCACCGCCGGCGGCCGCGUCUACGCCUGCCCCUGCCGCUCCCACUCCAUCACGUCCCAUCAAGACACCGCCUGCGCCUCAACCUGUCGCGCCAGCCCCUGUGAUGGCACCGCCCCCCCCACCCGCCAAACCCCCAGUGCCGCGUGAACGCCUCGCCAAGGAGCUUGUCAUGCGCCUCUGCGCGCAAAGCAUCAGAGAGACUGUGCAGGAAGUGGCCUACAAUGCCAUGGCCCACGAGUCUAAGCGCCGUGCGCAGCGCUGCCGCUCUGCUCUCAUCGAGACAUUAGCAUCGAAACUGUAUCGACGCUUGGUGGCGGAGCCCAGUGCCACAUUCGUGCGACACGCGGCCAUGGAGGCCGUAGCGUCCGCUCAGCUCGCUCGGGUACGGAAGCGCAAUGCCUGGAAGCGCUGGCGAGCUGUGCUUUCGCAGGUCCGCGAGCAGCAGCGGCAGUCGGCGCGGCUCGAGGCCAUUCGCGCGUGCCUGCCCCACCUGCAGCCAAGCCGAUUGGACAGGCGCGUGCAGCGGCCGGUACGCACGCCGCGACUGUGGGACGACGAGCGACAUGAGGCGUUUUCCAAGGUGCAGCAUGCUAGCUCUCGACUUUGGGCUCGUGGUAGCAUGGCGCGCACGUUGGUGGACCGCGUAUCGUGGCUCUGCGAAGAGACCAUGACGAGGCCGCUAUUUUGGACGGCGGUCGUAUAUGUGGAAGGCGAUGGCGUCGGCUCGCGCUGGCUGCGACACAAGAUGGCGCUGGGAGCGACUGACUCUAUCUAUACGCUUCCUCAGGGUACGCAGGUCCGCAUCGUGGACGGCACGCAGGCGAGUGACACAGCGCACACGCCCCAGCUGGUGGUGUGUGAGGCAGGGGCGCACCCCCCUGCGCCGCGACAGCCCACAGCGCUCUUGGAGCUGGCGUGGAAUGACUCGAAGUCCGUGCUGCACGAGCCGCUAUGGACGCCCCGCACGCUCGUGGCUCUCGAUGACGCCGAGGCUGAUGCAGAUGCCCUGUUUGCCGACGCAGUGGAGCAGGUGGUGACCUCGCUCCCUGAGGAGUGGCACCGCCCCCUCGCCCAGUGCACAUCCUUGCAGCCUCUCUGGGAUGCAUGGCUCGAUAUCUCGGAUGGCUUUGAUGCAUGGCUCGCUCGUACGAGCUCACCUGCCGUCGCUCGCGAUGCCUUUGCCGUGCUUACAUCUUUGGCCAAUCUGUUCUUGCGUCUCGCUGGCGCUGCAGAGUCGCUCGCGCUUCCUAUGCCCACGCUCCCAGCGGAAGCGAGCGUCUCAGAUACCCUUGCCCAGUUGGCCCUGCAUCAGCUGCGCGACUUGCCAUGGGGCGACCCAGAUGCGUGGGCGCUUCUGCGCGCCCACAUCCUGGAACAUGCACAGUCCGGUCACGUCCAGAUGGGCACGUACAUGCAGUCGCUUCUUCGCAUGGCACUCGCCUGCCAGACGGAGGCGGGCACUGACGUCGCCGUGACGGCUGCCAACCUGGCACACCUGCGCCAGCUCGGCGCACGCGCUCUAACGGAGCUCGCCGCACGAGUUGAUGCUGAGGACCCGGCGCCGCCGUCAGCGAACCUGCUCGUGCGUCCGACCAGCACAGUGAAGCGCUCCAUCACGCCUCCGUCGCAUGCAGCAAAGCGGGGGCGCGAAGAUGGAGCUGGUGCGCGCAUCCGACGACUGCUGGCCCAGUCCGCGCAGCUGCUGCAGGAAACCCACUUUUCAUCUGUGGACUGGGUCGUUGAUGGCCGCCGCGAACGCGUGAAAAUCUUACGGCACGAGGCUCAGGUCCAGCGUAUCGCGGAGCAUAUGCAGGAGCAUGGCUCCCUUGCCUGGCGCCAACUUAGCGCAUUCGCUGGCCGCUUGCCAUUUGGAGACAAUGUCCUAGUUGCGAUGCGAGCCCUAGCACGAGGGUUCACCUCGCUGGCAGGCUCCAUGAAAGCGCCCCUCCUGGCUACAGCAGAAAACGGCAUGAUCGUUCUGGUCGGCGUGCUGAUCGGUAUUAAUAUGGCCGUCAUCAGUGUGGUCAGCGAGUGGGCGUCAGAUCUCAAACAGGGGUACUGUGCUGGUGGUUGGUGGCUCAACAAAAAGUUUUGCUGCUGGGAAGAGAUGGACUCCGCAGGCCCCGGAAGUACCGUGCCCAAAGGCAUCGCGGCCGUCGCUGCGGCAGCCGCUGGCAAUAUGAAUGCCACAUCGACCGCGGCAGCUACGCAGAUGUCGCUCCGCGCGGCUGAACCCGCUUUAUCCUCCAGUUCCUGCACAGAUUGGGUCGAGUGGGGUUCCUGGACACUGCCCUCUUGGUGUGCCUACGUUGCAUUUUCCGCCUUGUUGGCCUUUACAUCCGCAGCACUUGUUCGCCAUUAUGCACCUACAGCGGCAGGGAGCGGUAUUAGCGAGAUCAAGUGUGUUAUCGCAGGGUUUAGCAUUCAAAACUUCUUGAGUUACUGGACGCUAGUGAUCAAGAGUUUGGGCCUCCCAUUAGCAAUUGCCUCGGGACUCAGCGUCGGAAAAGAAGGACCCGCUGUGCAUGUGGCGUGCUGCAUGGGCAUGGCCGUGGCCAGUGUGCUCCGCUGGCUUGUUCCAAGUCAGUCGAAGCUACGAGAAGUCUUGAUCGCUUCUAGUGCGGCAGGGGUCGCUGUCGCUUUUGGAUCGCCUAUCGGCGGUGUGCUCUUUGCCCUUGAAGAAAUGACUACGUACUUCGCCUCACAGACCAUGUGGCGCAAGCUUGUCCUAUUCCAAGUGGAAUACAAUCGCGAGUGGCAUUACUUUGAAAUUGUAUUUUUCCUACUCAUGGGCAUCUUCGGUGGUCUCUAUGGCGAGUAUGUCCUCCGGUUCAACUUGCAAGUACAGCGUUUCCGUAAAAAAUAUCUGGCAAACUACGGUGUUCAAGAAGCCGUUGUUUUGGCUAGCAUCACGGCUAUGAUUUGCUACUUUAAUCGGUUCCUCCGUUUGGACAUGACGGAAACAUUGGAGCUGCUGUUUCAACAAUGCGAUGGUGCAAGCGAUGACGAAGUCUUGUGCCAAUCCCGCAUGCAAUGGUCUAUGAGCGGUGCCCUUUUGAUUGCCACAGCCCUCCGAUUCGCCCUAGUCAUUUUAUCGUACGGCUGCAAGGUGCCAGCUGGAAUCUUUAUUCCAUCCAUGGCGGUGGGUGCUACAUUUGGACGGAUGGUUGGCAUCCUCGUCAAAGCGCUUCAAACAGGCUUUCCGAGCUGGAACGUUUUUUCUUCCUGCACACCCGACGCGCCCUGUAUCACACCGGGUACCUAUGCCAUGCUAGGUGCUGCCGCAGCCCUCGCUGGCGUUACAAGAAUCACGGUGGCAGUGGUGGUGAUUAUGUUUGAACUGACGGGUGCUCUCACCUAUAUACUUCCUAUCAUGCUGGUGGUGGGCACUGCGAAGAUGGUGGCCGAUCUGAAUGGCAAAGGUGGUGUGGCCGACAGGUCUAUCAAAUUCAAUGGCUAUCCCUUUCUGGAUCCGGAAGACCAUACAUAUGGUAUCAAUGUCGGAGCUAUGAUGACCACCACUACGGACGUUUUGUUUGCCGAUGGCAUGCGAUACAGCGAGGUCGAGUCGAUUGUCGCACAAGGAACCUACCGCGGUUUCCCUGUCGUGGCCAAUGCACAAAAUCGCACGGUCUUGGGAUAUAUGGAACGCGCACAACUCCGCUAUGCUAUACGGCACGCGCAAGCCACAAGUACAUUGCACAGAGAUUCGGUGUGCAUGUUCCAUCCAAAGAGCACGGAUGUCUAUGCUCUCACUAGUGCACAGGUCAACGCUGACUCACAAUUUUUGCCAGAGUGGUUGUCAUCAAAUACUAGCCCCCUGGACGUUACCGAGGAAGGAAUGGAGGCAGAAACAGGUCCAUUGGAUAUGGGUGCUUGGGUGGAUCCUGCUCCAUUGAUUGUUCAGCCUCAACUCGAUCUGGAAGUGGUUUCCGAUAUGUUUAAGCGAUUGGGGCCACGGGUUAUUUUGGUUUGCAGUAACGGGAUCCUAGAAGGCAUCGUUACCAUCAAGGACCUGCUUCGCCAUAUUUCCAGCCAAGAAAGGGAAGAAAUGAACCAAGCUGGUGCAUCACAUAUCUCUAUGGAUGCCCGUGUUGACACAGGCUUUGUGGUCGGCACAGGUGUACUGGAAGAGACGCUUGAAAAGUUAUGGCAGAAGGCCUGUUCGUUGAAGAACCGCUUCUAUUGGGGCGAACGGCCCACUCAAGCACCAGGACAUGUUCCUUUGACCUCUCUGACGAUUUAUGCGGACAGAUAG